AUGGAGCAAGCGUGGCGCUGGUACGGCCCUGACGACCCCGUCACGCUGGAGCACGUCAAGCAGGCCGGCGCCACCGGCAUCGUCACCGCGCUGCACGACGUCCCGAUUGGCGACGUGUGGACGGUCGAUGCGAUCGAGGCACGCAAAUCGCUCGUCGAACGCAGCGGGCUGACGUGGUCCGUGGCGGAGAGCAUCCCCGUGCACGAGGCGAUCAAGCAGGGCCGCGAGCCAGAGCGGUCCGCCUUCAUCGACAAGUACAAGGCCUCGGUCACCAACCUCGGCCGGUGCGGCGUCCGCCUCCUCUGCUACAACUUCAUGCCCGUCAUCGACUGA